AUGUCGGACAAGGGGGAACCUCCCCCACCACGCCGUAAGCCACCAGAUAGGCGUCCGGGAGUUCUUGACAGGCCCUUCAUGGAGCGAGACCUCUUCGCUCCUGAGAGGUCAAGAUUGCUCCCACCGUAUAGCCAACUACCGAGGCGGAUAGGUAGUUCACCGGCCACUGGCGCCGCGCUCGGCACUGGUGAAGCUGUGUUUCCACUUAGCGUCAAACCGGCUCCACUGCCACGCCGGAGCCUAGCCUCGUGGAGAAGGACCCCUCCCGAAAUCAAUGAAGACGAGCUUCAAGAGGAGAAAAGGCUGAAAGCAGGAUCCCACUCUCUGUCUGAUUCGGCAUCGCCCACUACCUCGCCAACCCCACCUGAAUGGCAAGCCCCACAAUCCUUAGUGAGGCACAACAACCCACCAAAUACACCGUCACCAACCACCUCUCCGGCCUGCACAAAUGACAUGGAGGAUUUAGUUGAGCAGGACCCAGAAGGGGAGAGGAAGUGGGACAAUACGUCCUACGCCACCCUUGCCCCUAUGCAAGAUGCUCAAACUUCAAAUCAUGAGCCCAUACCGGGACCAUCCUCAGCGCCAGACUCUUAUGCGCACAUAGCAGCAGCUCCGAGAACGGCGCCACUACCAUCACCUCCAUCUGUGCUAAGACCACAACAGCCAGCAGACAACCAAACGGCCAAAUACCCGCCCAUUAUAGGAUCCUUCACCUUUAAAUAUUACUACAGUCCACCUUGUGCUGCUAACGUAGCACAUAUUGAAGAAUUAAGGUGCUGGGACCGGGACGACCUCGGAAGACCCGUAAUCCCCGUCUGA